CGGUGUCUUCAUUAAGCUAUCCUCAAAGCCGGAUGUAAUUCUAUAAUGAAAGUCGCCAUUUUCGCUUUACCACACCCUUGGAUUAUAAAUAAAGUGCUAUUUGGGUGAAUAGGGGUCUUAAUUGGACCCUUUUGCAGGUCCAUUAACUCCUAGUGACCCAAUGGAAUUGGAAAAUAUUGUUGCAAACACCGUUUACCUUAAAGCAAGGGAAGGUGGUGGUGGAAAAAGGAAAGGCAAAAGUAAAAAAUGGAAACAAAUCUUAAAAUUUCCACACAUAUCACAAUGCAUGGAUUUAAAAAGCAAGUUGUCCCUCACCUACAAAUAUAUUGUUACCAGCCAGCCCAUUGGUCGACUACUAUUCCGCAUGUUCUGUGAUAGGAGGCCAGAGCUCAAGCGCGCCAUACAGUUCCUAGACGAAAUUGAAGAACUCCAGAUUGAUCCUGUUCAUGACAGCUCAUAUACAAGUGAAUAUGAGUUGUCUUCAGACGAAAAGAGGUGUAAUAAAGCUCAACAAAUUUACGAUAAAUAUUUAUUGGCAGAGUCCCAAGAAUACAUCAGUCAGGUGAACGGCAACCAGGCAGUGGUAAUAAAGGAGGCCCUGCAUGAACAGCUGGCUGACAAGGACCUCUUCUCAACAUGUUGCGAACUGGUGAUAGACUACCUACAAAAGGAUCCCUUCCAGGACUUCUUAGACAGUAUCUAUUUCAAGCGAUAUUUGCAAUGGAAAUGGCUUGAGGGUCAACCUGUAACGAAGAACACGUUCCGUAUGUACCGGGUGCUUGGGAAAGGAGGUUUUGGCGAGGUGUGUGCCUGUCAAGUCCGGGCAACCGGGAAAAUGUACGCCUGCAAAAAACUGGAGAAGAAACGGAUAAAGAAGAGAAAUGGCGAAGCAAUGGCAUUAAAUGAGAAACAAAUAUUGCAGAAAAUAAAUUCCAGAUUUGUAGUUAGUUUAGCCUAUGCAUUUGAAACCAAAGAUGCCCUAUGUUUAGUGUUAACAAUAAUGAACGGCGGAGACUUAAAGUUUCAUAUACACAAUAUGGGAAUCCCGGGGUUUGAGGAAGAAAGGGCGAUAUUUUAUGCAGCUGAGAUAACCUUGGGACUGGAAAACCUACAUAAUGAACAUAUUGUAUAUAGGGAUUUAAAGCCAGAAAAUAUACUUUUAGAUGAUAAUGGUCAUGUGCGGAUUUCAGACUUGGGAUUAGCAGUUGAAAUCCCCGACGGGGAGUCAAUAAAGGGUCGGGUCGGAACAGUCGGCUAUAUGGCCCCAGAGGUGGUGAAAAACGAGAAAUACACAUUCAGUCCAGAUUGGUGGGGCCUUGGCUGUCUAAUAUACGAGAUGAUAGAGGGCAAGGCUCCGUUUCGUGCUCGUAAAGAGAAGGUAAAGCGUGAGGAAGUCGACCGGAGAGUGAAGGAGGACACAGAGACGUACUCAGCAAAGUUCUCUGAAGACUGCCGGCGGAUCUGUACUCAGUUACUGGAGAAAGAUCCAAAGCGGAGAUUGGGAUGUUGUGAGUUAGGUGCCAAAAGUGUGAAAAAACAUAUUUUCUUUAAAAAUAUCAAUUUUAAACGAUUACUAGCAGGAAUGCAGGAUCCUCCAUUUAUACCAGAUCCUCGUGCAGUGUACUGUAAGGAUGUUCUGGACAUAGAGCAGUUCUCAACGGUAAAGGGGGUGAAUCUUGACCCCAGUGACGACACAUUCUACGGCAAGUUUAACUCAGGCAGCGUCUCCAUACCUUGGCAGACUGAGAUGAUGGAGACAGAGUGUUUUAAGGAGCUGAAUAUGCUGACGAGCGAGAACGACACGCCCUCGCCAGACCUGCUUGAGGACCUCCCCCCACCCCCACCACGGGGAAACUUUCUAGAUAGGUUAUUUAGACGAAGGGGUGGAUGUGCAUCCAGCUGUUGUGGUCGGACCUCCCCAGAUUAGCCGAGAGAUACUCAGUCCUGAAAUCUACUCCAGCUCAUGUGAAAAACAGAAGCCGAAAAAUUGCUGUCUCAUGCAUGCACUGUAUUGUGAACUCUUCAAAGGGGAAGCACUCUUGUGUCACUGAACAACAGUUACCUUCCUUGAUACCAAAGGGGAAUAACUUCUGCCUCUGAAUGUUUUCCUCUGGAAUUAAAACAUCCUGGAAGUGAAAGUGUAAAAGUGUGUUUAAGUUUUGUUAUAUGUGCGUAAAUGGAAUGUGCAUUUUUAAGCUAGAAGUGCAGAAUUGUGUACCAUGUACUUUGCCAGAUUAGUUAAAAUUGUUCAUAAAUAUAUGGGUCGUGCUCUGUGAAAAGGGGGUUUAAUGCAUGUGCGUAAAGUAUUGUCCCAGAGUUGCCUGUGCGGUCCACACAGGCUAUUUAGGUACGACACUUUCUGCUUUAAUGAUAUUUUUUGUUUCAAGAAAGUCUCUUCUUAGCAAAAAUCCAGUUAAGGUGGAAAGUGUCUACACAGGCUAAUCUGGCACAGCACAUUACGCUCAUGCAUUAAACCCCUUUUCCACAGAGCAUGGUCCAAUUAUGCAUUUAGGUCUGGAUAGGUAUUGGAACAAAAAAUACAUCAAUACCACUAGUGACACUGGCAGAAUGGGAAUCCACAUAGGUGGUAGAUAUAAGGUAAAGUGGAUGUGGCUAUAGUCAGUGACAUGCGGACACAUUAAAAAUGUGAACGAGAAGUUCCCGACCCCAUCCUUUGCAACACCCAUGGGACAUCUGCCAGAAAUCCCAAGACGCAGUGGGUGGAGGUUGGGUAUAGAGGUUGCAGCAGCAGCUUUGUUGUCAAUCUUUCUGUUAUUUUCAACAUUGUGUUCCAUUAGUUAGAGUGCGUCUGAGUAAAUCAAAUUGUUACCAUGACAAAUGUUGUGUAAUUUUUGUAUGUGUGCUAGAGCAAACGACAAGUCUUUUUUCUCAUAGAUACGAGAUCAUUGGCUCAGAUUUGGUCAAGAUCUCAUGUAUCAAAUGUGGAAAUGUACCUCUGUUUGUUUAAACUUAACGUUUGUGGUCCAGUUAUUCCACACAACAAAUUUGUCGGUACUUUGCAAAUAAAAAUCCAAUAAUAUUUGCUGAACUGAAAAAUAAUCUUUUAUAGAAAUUUUAUCAUGGCUACAUAAGAGAUAUAAACACACAUAAGUACAUAUGGUUAUUGCAAAAUCUGUCUACUUUUCAAAAUUGAUCAUUUAAUUCUUCCAGUGUAUUCAUUGGGAAAACUUUCUCAGAAAAGCAUGCACUUUUGUAUUAAAACAAUAAAAAUAUAUCUACAAAUCUAAUUUUGUGAAUUUUUCAUUUUGGUUUAAUAAAUAUACCAACUAGUUGAACCCAACUGUUACUAUUUUAAACUAAGCUUUUUUAAGGUUCAGACUUUAUUUGGGCAAGUAUACCCUUGGGUUCAUCAUAUACUUGGGAAUCUCACCAGUAGCAUUUGCAACCAUUUGUUCAUCAAUUAUUGUCUUGUCCAGUAGCAUGCAUGGGAGAGUUUUUACUUCAUAUUAGGCUUGUUCCGGGGAAACGGGGCUUAAUGCAUGUGUGUCUGCAUAGGCUACUCUGGUACGAUACUUGCUGCUUUUAUGGUAUUUUUAUGUUCCCCACCACUAUAGUGGGGGACAUAAUGUUUUUGCCCUGUCUGUUGGUUGGUUGGUUGGUUUGUUCGUUUGUUUGUUAGUUUGCUCCAACUUAAACAUUUGCCAUAACUUUUGCAAUAUUGAAGAUAGCAACUUCAUAUUUGGCAUGCAUGUGUAUCUCAUGGAGCUGCUCAUUAUACCCCCAUUACCAUUGGUAAUGGGGGUUAUAUAGGAGUCACUUUGUCGGUCAGUCCGUCGGUCGGUUUGUCUGUCUGUCCCGAAAUUUCAUCCGAUAUUAACCAAACUUGGUCAGAAGUUGUAUCUAGAUGAUGUCUAGGUCAAGUUUGAAUAUGGGUCAUGCCAGGUCAAAAACUAGGUCACGGGGUCACUAAGUGUGUUUAAAACUGAAAGUUUGUCCGGACCAUAACUAUGUCAUUUAUCAUUAGAUUUUAAAAUGACUUGGUACAUUUGUUCAUCAUCAUGGGACGGUGUGUCGUGUGAAAAAAGUACGUCGAUAUCUCAAAGGGCAAGGUCACACUUGCAGUUCAAAGGUCAAAUGCUUGUCCGAACCAUAACUAUGUCAUUCAUUGUAAGAUUUUAAAAUCAUUUGGCACAUUUGUUCACCAUCAUUGGACGGUGUGUUGCGUGAAAGAAUUACGUCAAUAUCUCCAAGGUCAAGGUCACACUUAAAGUUCAAAGGUCAAAAAUGGCCAUAAAUGACCUUGUCGGGGCCAUAACUAUGUUGUUCAUUGUGAGAUUUUAAAAUCAUUUGGCACAUUUGUUCACCAUCAUUGGACGGUGUAUCGCAUGAAAGAAUUACAUCGAUAUCUCCAAAGUCAAGGUCACACUUUGAGUUCAAAGGUCAAAAAUGGCCAUAAAUGAGCUUGUCCGGGCCAUAACUAUGUCGUUCAUUGUGAGAUUUGAAAAUCAUUUGGCACAUAUGUUCACCAUCAUUGGAUGGUGUGUUGCGCGAAAGAAUUACGUCGAUAUCUCCAAGGUCAAGGUCACACUUUGAGUUCAAAGGUAAAAAAUGGCCAUAAAUGAGCUUGUCCAGGACUUAACUAUGCCGUUCAUUGUGAGAUUUUAAAAUCAUUUGGCACAUUUGUUCACCAUCAUUGGACGGUGUGUCGUGCGAAAGUAUUACAUCGAUAUCUUCAAGGUCAAGGUCAAACUUUAUAGUUCAAAGGUAAAAAAUGGCCAUAAAUGAGCUUGUCCAGGCCAUAAUUAUGUAGUUUAUUGUGAGAUUUUAAAAUCAUUUGGCUCUUUUGUUAACAUUCAUUGGACGGUGUGUCACGCAAAAGAAUUAUGUCGAUAUCUCCAAGGUCAAGGUCACACUUUUAGUUCAAAGUCAAAAAUGGCAAUAAAUGAUCUUGUCUGGGCCAUAACUAUGCCAUUCAUUGUGAGAUUUAAAAAUGACUCUGUACAUUUAUUUUGUUCACAGUCAUUGGAUGGCGUGUCAUGUAAAAGAACUCAAGAGUUCAAAGGUCAAAUUGGCUAUAAAUGAAAAUGACAUAAUAAUUCUUAAAAAUCGCCAUAAAUUAGGUUCUCUUGUUUUGUGAAGACAGGAUGAAAAAUAGUCUGUGUCAAUGUGGCAUGUGGGGGUAUACGUCACGUCUUUGACAAGGCUCUAGUUUUGAGUGGUGAAAGUUCAAGGUCAUCCUUCAAGGUCAAAUAUAUAGCUUCAAAGCGGCGCAGUAGGGGACAUAGUGUUUCUGACAAACACAUAUCUUGUUUUGUUUAAAAAAAGAUGCUUCUUAGCCCAAAUCCAGUUUUGGCUGAGUGUUGUUGACGGGGGCACAUGGACUGAGUGUUGUUGACGGAGGCACAGGCAUUGAGCUCUGUUUUCUCAUAGGGUUGCUCAUAUUGCUAGCUGUCAUAUGACAGGGAUGACUAUGCUGGUUUUUGUUAUUUAUAUUUUGUUAAUGCAAGUAUAGUUAUGUUAACUUUCUGUUUAUUGACAAUAAAUUGCAACAUUUUGUGUUAUUAAACUUGUAUGUUUUUUUUACUUGCUUUUGCAAUCAGAAGCAAGCUUUGAUUUUGUUAAUAUAUUAACUCAAUUCAGAAAGCAAGAAUAUUUCUAUAAUUGGCUUUAAUAUUUCUUGUUUAAUACCUACCUAAUUAUAAACAUAUUGUCAAUGUAGCUAGGAUAACAUUUUGGUAUACUCUAUCAUUUGUUGUUCUUUUGUGAUCUACAAUGCUCUAUGAACAUUUUUUUUCAAUUUUUAUUUAACCCAUUUAUGCAUAGCAUCAAGCAAAAAGUUCUUGGCAAACAGCGUAGACCCAGAUGAGACGCUGCAUGAUGUGGCAUCAGGGUCUGCGCUGCUUGCUUAAAGGAAUUUCUGUAAGAAAUAUUCUAAAUAUAGAAAUAAAUAUACUCUAGACAUCCCUUAUUUUGGAAAUUAAUUAAUCCAAUUUACAAGGAUGUGAGAGUCCACUAGGCAUAAAUGGGUUAACAUUAGAACACUUAACAGUUUGUGUAUGUUUGAAAGAUUAGAUACAAAGACACUACUGGACCAGUUCAUAGUAAAUAAAUAAGCAGCAUUAUGGGAAAACAGGGCUUAAUGCAUGUGCGUAAAGUACUGUCUGCUUCUAUGGAAUUUUUCAUUGAACUAAAGUCUCUUCUAAAUGAAUCAUUCUAAAUCCAGUUUUAGCGGAAAGUGACAUCUCUAAUUAGCCUGUGCGGACUGCACAGGCUGAUCUGGGACAACACUGCACAUGCAUUAAGCCCCAUUUUCACAGAGCGAGACUCCUUUCAAGAUUGACUUUCUGCUUUAUCUGCAGACAACAAUGACCAUCUGUUUUCUGACCCCAUGCUUGUUUUGAGCUUUGAUGUCUUGCCGCAUUUUCAUAUCUUCCAAGUAAAGAUAGUCGUAGAUUUGUAGCAUUGGGAAACAGUAGGUUUUAGUCUGGAACGGAUCAGAUCUCUAGUUCGAUCGAGUUUAAGCCCAGUAUUCCAAGAUCGCAUCUCAUUUAAAGAUUCACCUAGGAAGGUUAAGGCAGCUUGAGCGCUGAAGGGUCGGCCAUUAACUGAUGUAUUUUAUUCAUGAAUUUAAAACAGUUUUUAGUAUGGGGACAAGUUAUCAGGGAUGUUUAUCACCUCUAUUGAUACAUUGUAUUGAAAACAAUCAUGUGUUAAAUAGUUCUGUAAAUCCACAUCAUUUUUGUUAAGACAGUAUCCAUUUUAUUUGGCCAAUAUUGAAAGCACUUUUCUGUAACCAUCAACGCUUGCAUGUACCAUAAGUACGCGUUUAGGAAUAGACUAAAUAUUUGCUGUACAUUCAUGUAUGGAUCCUUCUAUUUUAAUGGGUUAUUUGUCUCCGACAAUACUACUGGAUUAAUUUGCGAUUGACCAUUACUAUUUGUUGUUGAAUAUUUUGUCCAUCCUGAAAGACAAUCUGUAAAAUUAUAACUCUACAUUUUACAUCAUAUUUUGUAUUAAGUGUUGCUAAUGUAGUUCAAGUUAGAGUGUCUAAACAUCUGAUGUGAAUGUUUCGUGGUUUGUUUUAUUUACAGUUUUGAGAGAGAUAUUGUAUGUAUCAUAGAUUUUACAUACAAGUUUAAUGUGGAAUAAAAAUACAGAUCAUAUAAUAUUACUAUGUUAUUUAAACAGCACAUAUAUGUCUGUUUUAAUACAUGACGAUUGCCAUAUUGAACAUUAAUCAUAGUAAUACGCACAUUUUUUAACAGAAAAAAUGUAGAUUUUUUCCGCAAAAUGUUGCGUUUUUUCAUUAAACAAUUGUAUGCCCCUUUUCUCAUAGAACAAUUUUAUGUCAUAACAUUGAUGAUACAAUAGAGGAGUCAUAAUAGAAAUGUUGUUACAUAGUAAUUAAAUAAAUAAAAAUAAAAUGCCAUGGACAUACUUAUUUUUUUCGUUCUUUUUACUUAAAUCAUUGUUUUUCUCGUUUUUGUUAUUAGCUCAUCUAUUUUUUGAAACAAAAAUUAUGAGCUAUUGUCAUCACCUUGGCGUCGGCGUUGGCGUCCGAUUAAAUUUUGCGUUUAGGUCCACUUUUCUCAGAAAGUAUCAAUGCUAUUGCAUUCAAAAUUGGUACACUAACUAACUAUCAUGAGGGGACUGGGCAGGCAAAGUUAGAUAACUCUGGCGUGCAUUUUGACAGAAUUAUGUGCCCUUUUUAUACUUAGAAAAUUGAAAAUUUGGUUAAGUUUUGUGUUUAGGUCCAUUUUAUUCCUACAGUAUCAAAGCUAUUGCUUUCAUACUUGCAACACUUAUUAACUAUCAUAAGGGGACUGUGCAGGCAAAGUUAUGUAACUCUGACUGGUAUUUGGACGGAAUUAUGGGCCCUUUAUACUAAGAAAAUUGAAAAUUUGGUUAAGUUUUGUGUUUUGGUCCACUUAACCCCUAAAGUAUCAUAGAUAUUGCUUUCAUACUUGGAACACUCGCAAAACUAUCAUAAGGGUACAGUAAAAGGACAAGUUGCAUAACUCUGGUUGUCAUUUUUACGGAAUUAUGGCCCUUUUUUGACUUAGUAACUUUGAAUAUAUGGUUAAAUUUUGUGUUUCGAUCCACUUUACUUCUAAAGUAUCAAGGCUAUUGCUUUCAAACUUCAAAUACUUUCAUGCUAUCAUGAGGUUACUGUACCUGGCAAGUUGAAUUUUACCUUGACCUUUGAAUGACCUUGACUCUCAAGGUCAAAUUAUUAAAUUUUGCUAAAAUUGCCAUAACUUCUUUAUUUAUGAUUAGAUUUGAUUGAUACUUUGACAAAACUACUCUUAUCUGACAUACCACAAUAGACUCCACCCCCCCGUCCCCUCCCCCCCGAA